AGCAGUCACCAGAGCUUAGAUUAGGGUUUUGAGAUUCUCACAUUUUGGCUUCGCACAGAGAGCAAUCGAUCGAAGAAAAAAAAAUGGAGGGCGGAGACGACGGAGGGAUAGAUAGAGUGGUGGACUCGAAGGACUUGCAGCAACAGAGCAAAGCCCUCGACAAGCUCACCGACCGCGUCGAAGAUCGCCAGCUGGACUCCACUCGCGUCCAAGAGGCGAUGGCGUCGAUCGCUGCAUCAGGGGAAGCGGACUGGAACGCUGCGAGAAUGAGAGAGAAAGAACUGGCUGCAGUUAAGAUCAGGGCAGCGGAUGUUGACAUAAUUGCAAAUGAACUAGAGUUGGACCCAAAGGUGGCUGAGAGAACCUUACGUGAGCACAAAGGUGAUGCUGUUGCUGCCAUUCGACAUUUGCUUAGAUAGAAAGGCAUUUGUGGGUAAUGUACCAAGAGUAUGGGUUUUCAAAUUUUGCGGCAAUCAUUUGCGUGCUUUUGGUAUAUGAAUAGUGAACACUUCCAGCUAUAUUAUCUUAUCAAUACAAAGCAUCAAAACGCAUGUGUCUUUGUAACGAAACAUGUUUGCUUCAGAAAGAUGUAUUUUCCACCAUGCCAAUUGACUAAGUUUUGUUUC